AUGUCAAGGGAUUUGACUUUUGGCGAGAGGCGUCAACUGGGAAUGACGACACCAGAACCGUUAUCAUUGGCUUCCCCGUAUACGCCCAUGUCCGAAGCACCGAACACCAGAGUCAGGAAGAGGGUCGACUCAGACGUGGGCUCGACGCCAUCUUCAAGCAUUUCGUUGUUCAAGAGACCACGAUUGAGUACCAGCAUUGAAUCGACCUCGUCAACGUCGUCUACAUCGUCUACAUCGUCGAGUGGGUCCUCCGGGUCGAGCUCGUUGGAUGAGGCCAUCCAGGCAACUCUUAACACAGUUCCGCCCCGUAUAGAGCUCGAUAUCGAGACGCGAAAACGAAAUUUACGUAGCAGAUCCCUCAGUCGACGUUCUUCCAUGACCGCUUCUCCUGCUUCCACCACCGCGUUCAACCCGUUGGAGCAUGUAGAGACGUGUCUUCGCGACCGUAUCAUUCGUCCGUCAGUCAGUAGUCUCAGGAGAACAGCGUCCACCGCGUCGAUUGGUUCCAACGGUACGACCGAGGUCACCUACGCGGUCGAGUCUGCAAAAACGCACAUGCGAAAUCCAAAAUUCCUGGUCGAGUUCGUGACGCCUACACCAGCUGCACCAGCCAUUCCUCCACCACCUCCGCCUCCCCAACCAAUCGUCAUCCCAGGUCUGCCGCCACUAGACCCUCCGCCCCAACCGCCGCACAUCACCGACCCUCGCCUGCUCACCCCAGUCGUGAUGCCCAACGUGCUCGCUUGUUCAUCAAACAACAUGCUCUUCUUCACGCGUACCAACCGACUUCAUUUCAAACACCUGCUCGGCAACGAAGAGGUUGGCCAAAUCACGAAGCUUCACAGUCAACACGGUCACUUUACCGCCAUCGCAUGUAGUGGCGACAACAACCCUAAUGUGGUUGCGUUUACGACUUCGAAAGGUGUCAUUGCCUUGUACGAUACUCAAACAAAGAGGCGCAUCUUCAGUUGGACCGACAAGCCCGCGUCUGCUCUCGCUUGGAACGACAAGAUCUUGUCCGUCGGUUACGCUGACGGUAGCAUUCGCCACUUUGAUACUCGGAUUAGCCCAGUCGAGAAGAUGAGGGAGCUCGCGCCGAAUGUGAUGCGACACCAGUCGGCCAUUACGCGGAUGCAAUGGAGUGUGGACGGCGAGAUUUUGGCAAGCGCUGACAAGAGAGGGAAUGUAUUCUGCUGGAGGAUCGCGGAUAAGGUGCCCUUGGAGGUCGGUGACUUUGGUUCAAGGAGAAAGAAGAUGAAACAUUCAGGCGCUGUUUCCGCUAUCGCGUGGUGCCCUUGGCAAACCAGGGUUCUAUUGACAGCGGAUGUCAAAGGUGUUAUCCACUUCUGGAAGAUUGACCCCAAGGUCAAAGAGUCGAACGCGCUGACCCCUGCAAAGGUCGAGACGGGCGCCGCCAUUACUGGAAUCCAAUGGUCUACUCAGUGCAAAGAGUUCCUCACCACUCAUGGGUACAAGGUCCCUCCACCACCUGCUGGCUCGGCUAUGUCGCCUCCAACCUCUGCACCGUCCUUCCAGAUUCGUGGCUUGCCACCGACGACGAACAUCGAAAACACGCUCGCUGUCUGGCAGUUCCCUUCUAUUCGCUUUGUGACGAAUAUGAAGCUGAACACUUCUGAUCUUCCUCUGGGCAACUUGGCUCCCUAUUAUAAUACCCAAAAGGUUGUGUUUACGGUUCCAGAGGACGGCAAGAUCCAUACCUGUGAUGUGUGGGGUAAGCGGAAGCAGGUCAAACUUCGAAGGCAGUCCAGCCUUGACUUUGUUGGCUUGAUACGAUAG